UAAUAUUGACAACUGUUCCCAUGGGCUGGCCAUUAAUCCACAAAGGGUAUUGCUUUAUUGAUGGGCUCCUUUGCAGAUGCAUGCCAGAAAGGAGCCCACCAGCGUAUUGUUCAUAAACCUCCUUUGGCUGGGAUAUGCCGUUAAGGCUACAUGUCCUUUUCUAAUAUCCGAUGAUGUGUCGGUAGCGUAUGUUGGGCUGUGGCAGUUUCCGAUUUGUGUCAGUGUGCAUGCGUGACAACAAAUGGCCCGCCACAUCUGUAGUCGAG